AUGGGGUCCUCGCGAGCUUCAUCCACCACACGCGCCGUCCACGCCGAGACAGACUCAUACCCGUACCCCCUCCACACUCGUGGCAACGGCACCUUGGCCACGCUCAUUCGCAACCGCUCCACUGCCAGCAUCCGCGAUGGUCAUCCUCAGUCGCCUCGCCUGCACAGAGGCUUCCACCUGCCGAGCGAUGACGAGGACGACGAGUCGGACGCAUCGCGGCUGCUGCCUCACAGGAACUCGGACGAUGGCGGCCGACCGCGUCGCCCGACGGCCGAGGAGCGCCGCCUGAGCCAGAUGAUAUUCAGCCCUCAGAUGAGGAGCAUGCGUCUCAUCGGCAACAGCAACCCCCGUUAUCAAUGGGAUCGUUACUGGAAGACCCAGGAGCAGCUCAGGGCCAUGACCAAGCCGCUGCGCGAAUAUUACGAGCGCAACAACGACCUCAUCCGCAUGUACCUCUACAUCGACCAGCUCCUCGACUCCUCCGUGCCUCAUGAUCUUCUCAACGAGUACUCCGAGUCCCUCGAUGCUUCUGCCUUUCGUCCUGUCGACGUCCCGGGCACCAUUUCCGAGGAGUCGCCCACGCCUCUCUCUUCUUCUCUCUCUGCAGCUGGCCAGCUCGGAGCCGACCCCUCGGGGACACCCACCACGCAGCUCGGCAGUAGUGCCGACGUGAGCACGAGCGCCGACCUCACGUCCGCCGACAGCGCUACCAAUAUCAACGGCAAGAAGCUGCCGCGCCGCAACCCCAAGGACAUCUUCAAGCCCACCGAGUCGACACCGCUCCUCGGCGGUAUUAACGAUCGCGACGAGGCCCUUUACGACGAGGAGGAGGCCCGUCCCGUUGCCGCCGACAGUGAUGACUACCCCAAGCCCGAGAUUCCCUGGCUCGAGGACUCCGACCUCGACAGCAGCGACCCCAUUGUGACCUUGGCCAUCUGGGUCAACUUCCUUGCCAAUGCCAUUCUUCUGCUUGGCAAAGUCGUUGUUGUCCUCUCCGUUCCCUCAGUCUCCGUCCUCGCUUCUCUCGUCGAUGCCAUCCUCGACUUCCUCAGUACCGCCAUUGUCUGGACUACCACUCGGCUUAUCGCCGCCAGCCAGAACGAUCAGCAUCGAUACCCUGUCGGCCGCCGCCGUCUCGAGCCCAUCGGCGUCCUCGUCUUCUCCAUCGUCAUGGUCGUCUCCUUCACCCAGGUCGCUCUCGCCGCUAUCCAGAAGCUUGCCUCCCCCGACCGCACCAUCAUCGAGCUUGGCAUUCCCGCCAUCGCCAUUAUGGUGGGUACAGUCGUCAUCAAGGGCGCCUGCUGGCUCUGGUGCCGCAUGGUCAAGAACUCUUCCGUCCGUGCCCUGGCCGACGAUGCCAUGACCGACGUGAUUUUCAACACCGGCUCCAUCUUCUUCCCCAUUGUCGGCUUCUACGCCAAGAUUUGGUGGUUCGACGCACUUGGCGGCCUGCUUCUGUCCCUUGUCGUCAUCCUCAACUGGAGUCAGACCUCCAUGCAUCACGUCCGCAACCUGACGGGUUUCUCUGCCACGUCCGACGAGCGGAACUUGCCGGUCAAGCAGAUCCAGAACCUCCGUGCCUACCACGCCGGCGACAAGCUGUUCGUCGAGGUCGACAUAGUUCUCUCCGCCAACAUGCCCCUCAAAGACAGCCACGACCUCAGCGAGGUCAUCACAUACUUCCUCGAGUCGGUGCCCAUCGUUGACCGUGCUUUCGUGCACGUCGACUACGCCACCUACAACCUCCAGACACACAUUAACAAAUAA